UUGCAUCAUCUUGUUUGAAAAGGAAAAAAAAAAGGCGGAGAGAGAAAGAGGAAGAAGAGGAUCUGCUUUGUUUGGGUGGGUGUACGGGUUUUGUUUUACCCGUUUCUACGUGAAACCUAACUAAAGCCAUGUUUUAAUCUCCACGGUCCAAUUUCAUCAAACGGCUCAUACGCCUGUACGCACCAAGAAUGGCUCGUCGUCCACUUUAUCCACCCCCACGAGCAGCAAGUAAACACAGUGGAAGAGAGAGAGACCACCAUUUUCAUGCUUUCAAAGCUCAUCUCAGCAGGCUCAGCUCCGCUCCGGUUAGGGUUUCCAAAUUGACUGGUUUCCUCCACCCCAAAGUUACUACCCCCAAGCAAUGAGUGCCUGCUAGGGCUUCCGAUCCAAACCCAGAACCCUUGCAAUUUCUCAGUACUAAAUCUAUGUUCUAUGGGUUCAACAUCUUCAGGUGGCACAGAGGGCUAGUUAUGGACUGCUUUCAAACUGUUAGUCAUCUCAAAGGUUCUCUGUGCUGUCAGUUAUUAUUAUUCUUUAUCUGGUUAUCAAGUUUUCAAGAAGCAGUGGCAUUGCAGACAGUCUAUGAGCAAAGUCAUGUUUCCUCCAUUCCAGAUCUAGCUAAACCACCUACUAGUGGACUCUUUGGUCCCAUAGAAAUAUCACCUGCUGUUAUUCCACAUUACACAGAUCCUGAUGAGCCUUUUCCACCAAUGUACCCAACUUUUCCAACUAGAUAUGAGCCUGUUUUAACUGGGAAGUGUCCUGUAAAUUUCUCUGCUAUAUCGAGUAUCAUGGACAAAACAGCAUCUGAUUGUUCUCUACCCUUGGCAGCAGUUGUGGGAAAUGUGAUAUGUUGCCCACAGUUUAGUAGUUUGAUCCGCAUCUUCCAGGGUCUCUAUAGCUUCACAUCUGAUAAGUUGGCUUUGCAAAAUUCGGUUGCAAAUAAUUGUUUUACAGACAUUACCAAUAUCUUAGCCAGUAGGGGUGCGAACAGUACAAUACCUACACUUUGCUCCAUAAAUUCAGUAAACCUUACAGGUGGGUCUUGUCCAGUGAAGGAUGUUGUUUCCUUUGAGAAAGCAGUAAAUUCAAGCAGAUUACUGGAGGCCUGCACCACUGUUGAUCCUCUUAAAGAGUGCUGCAGACCAAUUUGUCAGCCUGCAAUCAUGGAUGCUGCACUUAAGAUUUCAGGAAAACAAUUUUCGUUGAACGAGAAUAAGAAUUUGGUGGGUGAGUUAUCUCAUGUUGAUACUUUGACUGACUGUAAAGGAGUGGUUUUUACCUAUCUUUCAAGGAAACUCUCGCCAGAUGCUGUAAAUACUGCAUUUCGAAUAUUAUCUGCCUGCAAAGUUAACAAGGUUUGCCCUUUGGAUUUUAAGCAGCCUACGGAAGUGAUUAAAGAAUGUCGCAGUGUUGCUGCCCCCGGUCCUUCCUGCUGUAGCUCAUUAAACGCUUACAUCUCAGGAAUACAAAAGCAAAUGUUAAUUACAAAUAGACAAGCUAUAGUCUGUGCUACAAUGUUUGGGUCCAUGUUGCGGAAAGGAGGGGUCAUGUCUAAUAUUUAUGAGCUUUGUGAUGUUGACUUGAAAGACUUUAGCAUUCAAGCAGCAUAUGGUCAACAGGGGUGUCUACUUCGAAGCUUGCCCUCAGAUAUGAUAUUUGACAAUUCAACCGGCUACAGCUUUACAUGUGAUUUGAGUGACAACAUUGCAGCACCAUGGCCUUCGUCAUCCUCAAUUUCCUCGUUCUCCCUUUGUGGGCCUGAGAUGUCAUUGCCUGCACUACCAACAUCGGAGACUUUUAAAAAUCCUGGCUGUCGUGGUGGUCGGGUGGAAUUUCUGAUACCCAUUGUUUCAUUUUUUAUUUUCAUUACCUUAUUGUACUGAAGAGAUUUAGCGGAGGGUUGAGCAAAGCUGGUUUGAUUUGAGUUAGGGGCUUUUGAAAAUUGGUUUUGUGGAUUUUAUGUAUAUGAGUGGGUGGUCUCUCUCUCUCUCU